AUGUCCGAUGGGAGCAAGCCAUCGUAUCUGAAGGACGAGUUGUCCAGACGGACCACAAUUCUCGGUCUCCGUUUAUGGGUUCUGCUCGGAUUAUGCGUCUGCGCCGCCAUUGUCGGCUUCCUCGUCCUAAUCUGUCUCUGGUUCACCUCGAGAAGGAACAAGACAACUUCGUCACUGCUAAAAUUACCCCAAAAGAGCACCUCCAUCCCUAAAGUCUCUCGAGAAAUACAGGAAAUUCGGUCCGACCCGGACCGAGUCUCUGAGACCAACCCGAAGCUCUUGCUCCCCGCGCCUGGGCCGGUUCAGGACCCGGAACCAGACCCGAAGGAGGACAACCGAAUCCACAUCGAGGUUGGAAAGGGCCACCGGAUUGCCUACCCGGAGAAGUCGGGUUCGGGUUCUGGCGAGGCGGGUUCUGCUGUUUCUGGGCCGGAGGUCUCGCAUUUGGGGUGGGGCCACUGGUACACGCUGAGGGAGCUUGAGGAGGCCACCAAUGGUUUUUCGGAUGAGAAUGUGAUUGGUGAAGGAGGGUAUGGGAUUGUUUACCAUGGCGUUUUGGAGGAUAAGGCUGUUGUGGCUGUCAAGAAUCUGCUCAACAACAAGGGUCAAGCCGAGAGAGAGUUUAAGGUUGAGGUUGAAGCCAUUGGACGUGUACGCCACAAGAAUUUGGUGAGAUUGCUCGGAUAUUGUGCCGAAGGUGCUCAAAGGAUGCUUGUGUACGAGUAUGUCGACAAUGGGAACCUCGAGCAAUGGCUUCAUGGAGAUGUUGGCCCCCAAAGCCCUCUGACGUGGGACAUACGUAUGCGAAUCAUUCUUGGAACUGCAAAGGGGUUAACUUACCUACACGAGGGCCUCGAACCUAAGGUCGUUCACCGUGACAUUAAAUCGAGCAACAUUUUGUUAGACAAACAGUGGAAUGCAAAGGUCUCCGACUUUGGUCUUGCAAAGUUGAUUGGUUCCGAGAGGAGUUACAUUACUACACGAGUUAUGGGAACAUUUGGUUAUGUGGCCCCAGAGUACGCAAGCACGGGCAUGCUGAAUGAGAGAAGUGAUGUGUAUAGUUUUGGCAUUCUUAUAAUGGAAAUCAUUACCGGGAGGAACCCAGUGGAUUAUAGCCGUCCCCCAGGGGAGGUGAACCUGGUCGAUUGGCUCAAAACAAUGGUUUCUAAUAGGAAUGCUGAGGGAGUUUUAGAUCCCAAGUUACCUGAGAUGCCUUUGUCGAGAGCACUCAAACGUACCCUCUUAGUGGCUUUACGUUGUGUGGACCCAAAUGCUCAGAAAAGGCCCAAGAUGGGGCAAGUCGUGCAUAUGCUCGAGGCCGAUGAUUUUCCAUUCCGUGAUGAUCGUGGGGUUAGGCGUGAAAACGGGCGAACUCAUCACGUUGGAACAAAAGAGAAGGUGUUCAAGAAUCAUAUAGCUGAAUCGGGAGAUAGCAGUGGAUACGAAAGCACCGACAGAUUUUCACUCAAAAGGUAA